GGAGAGAGAGAGACGAGGCGCACACGCUCACUCCAGUGCUGCAGGACUGCAUGAGAGGAAUUGAGAUAAUAGCCACACCACCAGCAUCCAUCACAGGAGCUAAAGAGCCAUCUCAGCCCGGCUGGUCACGGCACUAUGGCACAAGCCGCCAAACAUUUGCGCAAGAAUAAGGAUUUAGAGGCGCUCGCCGAACAGGAGCGGAAGGAGAAAGAGGAGGAGAAGGCGAAGAAAAGGAGCCGCUCGCGGGAUAAAAAGCGCAAGGCCCACGUCGUUCAUCGCUGGCUAAUCGAUCAGGACAAUAGUGUGAGCUCUGAGCUGCCGGAUGGCCAGGGAGUGUGGCUCUGUGAUGAAACAACUGAUGCUGGCACCAGUUUCCUCCGUGCAGCUCGCUCCGGUAAUCUGGAGAAGGCUCUCGACCACAUCAAGAAUGGCAUCGACAUCAACACAGCCAAUCAGAAUGGACUCAACGGGCUGCACUUGGCCUCGAAGGAAGGCCAUGUUAAAAUGGUGCUGGAGCUCCUGCACCAUGGCAUUGUUCUAGAGACGACCACAAAGAAAGGAAACACUGCUCUUCACAUAGCUGCGUUAGCUGGACAGGAGCAGGUGGUCACCGAGCUGGUUAACUAUGGAGCCAAUGUCAACGCUCAGUCUCAGAAGGGCUUCACUCCUCUCUACAUGGCUGCACAAGAGAAUCACCUGGAGGUUGUGAAGUUUCUCCUGGAUAAUGGAGCCAAUCAGACCCUUCCAACCGAGGAUGGCUUUACCCCUCUUGCUGUGGCUCUUCAGCAGGGCCAUGAGAAUGUUGUGGCCCUGCUCAUCAACCACGGUACUAAGGGCAAGGUCCGCCUUCCUGCACUGCAUAUCGCUGCCCGAAACGAUGACACCAGAACUGCCGCUGUGCUUUUACAGAAUGACCCAAAUCCUGAUGUCUUGAGCAAGACAGGCUUCACGCCACUCCAUAUCGCAGCCCACUAUGAAAACCUGAAUGUUGCCCAGCUACUUCUGAACAGAGGAGCUGAUGUGAACUUCACACCCAAGAAUGGGAUCACACCUCUACACAUUGCAUCCAGGAGAGGAAAUGUCAUCAUGGUCAGACUUCUGCUGGACCGAGGAGCUAAGAUUGACGCCAAGACAAAAGAUGAGUUGACUCCUCUUCACUGUGCUGCCAGAAAUGGCCAUGUGAGAAUAAUUGAGAUCCUUCUGGACCAAGGAGCUCCAAUACAUGCCAAGACCAAGAAUGGCCUGUCUCCAAUACACAUGGCAGCCCAGGGUGAUCAUUUGGACUGUAUCAGACAGCUAUUACAGUACAAUGCCGAGAUUGAUGACAUCACUCUAGACCACCUGACCCCUCUGCAUGUGGCAGCACACUGUGGACAUCAUCGCAUGGCCAAGGUUCUCCUGGAUAAAGGAGCCAAACCAAACACCCGUGCUCUGAAUGGCUUCACACCGCUCCAUAUUGCCUGUAAGAAGAACCACGUGCGUGUAAUGGACCUGCUGUUAAAGCAUUCUGCAUCCCUGGAGGCUGUAACAGAGUCAGGAUUGACCCCGCUGCACGUGUCCUCCUUCAUGGGUCAUCUGAAUAUAGUGAAGAUACUGAUGCAAAAAGGAGCUUCACCACAUGCCUCAAACGUGAAAGUGGAAACACCUCUGCACAUGGCGUCUCGAGCUGGUCACUGUGACGUUGCUGAGUUCCUGUUGCAAAACGCAGCUCCAGUGGACGCCAAAGCCAAGGAUGACCAGACGCCGCUACACUGUGCCGCCCGCAUGGGCCACAACGAGAUGGUGAAGCUGCUGUUGGAGCACAAGGCAAACCCCAACUCCACCACAACAGCAGGACACACUCCACUGCACAUCGCUUCCCGUGAGGGUCACACACAGACUGCCAGCAUCCUACUGGACAUGGACGCCCAGCUCACCAAAAUGACCAAGAAAGGCUUCACUCCUCUUCAUGUAGCAGCCAAAUACGGGAAGGUUGAUCUAGCAGUGCUGCUUUUGGAGAGAGGAGCCAACCCAAAUGCUGCAGGCAAAGCUGGACUCACACCGUUGCAUGUGGCCAUCCAUCACAACAACCUGGAUGUGGUCAAUCUCUUGCUCAGUAAAGGAGGCUCACCACACAGUAGUGCUCGGAAUGGCUAUGCUCCGCUCCACAUUGCUUCCAAACAGAACCAGGUGGAGGCAGCGAGCAGCUUACUGCAGCAUGGAGCUUCUGCCAAUGCGGAGUCAUUGCAAGGGGUCACACCGCUACACCUAGCCUCCCAGGAGGGCCAAGCAGACAUGGUACUGCUGCUUAUCUCAAAACAAGCCAAUGUCAAUCUGGGCAACAAGAGCGGUCUGACUCCUCUUCACCUCGUGGCUCAGGAGGGGCAUGUUGGCAUUGCUGAUAUACUAGUGAAACACGGGGCGUCCGUCUACGCUGCCACACGGAUGGGUUACACUCCACUCCAUGUAGCUUGUCAUUACGGCAAUAUCAAGAUGGUUAAAUUCCUCUUACAGCAACAGGCCAAUGUAAACUGCAAGACCAGGAUGGGAUAUACACCGCUACAUCAGGCUGCUCAGCAGGGCCACACGGACAUUGUGACACUUCUCCUGAAACAUGGCGCACAGCCAGAUGAAGUGACGACUAAUGGAACAUCAGCUCUUGCCAUCGCAAAGCGUCUUGGAUACAUCUCAGUCAUUGAUGUGCUCAAACUGGUCACCGAAGACACUGUUACAAUGACCACCACUGAAAAACAUCGCAUGAGUUUCCCGGAGACAGUUGAUGAGAUCCUGGAUGUGUCUGAAGAUGAAGGAAUUGCACAGCUAACAUUAGGCGAGGAGCUGCUGGGGAACGAUGGUGCCAGGUAUUUGAAGAUGGAGGACAUAAAGGACCAUGAUGAGGAUUUCCUUUCCCCCAAGAAUGUUCUAGAGAAUCAUUCCCCUGCUAUUCCAAGAAUCCCUUGUGUGUCUCCUGAAACAGUCAUGCUGAAAGAACACGAAAUGGAGCAGCAGCACACUCCACUUCCUCUGCCCAAGGAUUACGAUGAGGAUUCGCUGAUCCCCAGCAGUCCGGCCACAGAGACGUCAGACAAUGUCAGUCCGGUAGCGAGCCCCAUCCACACCGGCUUCCUCGUGAGCUUCAUGGUGGAUGCUCGUGGCGGCUCGAUGAGAGGCAGCAGACAUAACGGCCUGCGUGUCAUCAUUCCUCCUCGCACCUGUGCCGCUCCAACACGCAUCACCUGCCGCCUGGUGAAGCCGCAGAAACUUGCCACUCCACCUCCUCUGGUGGAGGGUGAGGGUCUUUCCAGCCGUAUCAUCUCUCUUGGUCCAGCUGGCAUGCAGUUUUUAGGGCCUGUGAUUGUGGAGAUUCCCCAUUUCGCGGCACUCGGUCGGGGAGAUCGUGAGCUGGUGGUCUUGAGAAGUGAGAACGGAUCGGUCUGGAAGGAGCAUCGCAAUCGUUAUGGGGACCAGGUCCUGGAGACCAUCCUCAAUGGCAUGGAUGAAGAUCUUGAGAGUCAGGAGGAACUUGGGAAGAAAAGGAUCAGGCGCAUCAUCUCGACUGACUUCCCUCUCUACUUUGCGGUGGUGUCCCGCAUCCAGCAGGAGAACGAUCUGAUUGGCCCAGAAGGGGGUUUUCUCACCAGUAAGCUGGUGCCCAUGGCCCAGGCCAGUUUUCCUGAGACUGCCGUCACCAAGCGAGUCCGUCUCGGACUGCAGGCCCAGCCAGUCCCUGAUGAGCUGGUGGCCAAACUUCUGGGGAACCAAGCCACGUUCGGCCCAGUGGUGACAGUAGAGCCUCGUCGGCGCAAGUUUCACCGUCCCAUCGGCCUGAGGAUCCCACUGCCUCCCUCCUGGAGGGAGAGUCCACGGGACGCAGGCGAGGGCGACACCACCAGCCUCCGCCUGCUCUGCAGCGUCAUCGGUGGAACAGCUCCUGCCCAGUGGGAAGAUAUAACUGGAACCACCAAACUUCUAUAUGCCAAUGAUUGUGCCAAUUUCACCACUAAUGUCUCUGCCCGUUUCUGGCUGGCAGACUGUCCUCGGACCGCAGAGGCCGUGACCUUUGCCAACCUCCUGUACCGCGAGCUGACAGCCGUGCCAUACAUGGCCAAAUUUGUAGUUUUUGCAAAGAUGAAUGAAGCCCGAGAGGGCCGACUCCGCUGUUACUGCAUGACUGAUGACAAAAUGGACAAAACCCUGGAGCAGCACGAGAACUUUGCUGAAGUGGCUCGCAGCAGAGACAUAGAGGUCAUGGAGGGAAUGCCGCUGUAUUUGGAGUGUUCAGGAAACUUGGUUCCCAUUAGGAAGGCGGCCCAGCAGCCCCGCUGUUUUAACUUCCAAGCCUUCAGAGACAACAGACUGCCUGUGUCUGUCAAAGUGAGGGACAGCAGUAAAGAUCACUCUGGCUUUUUGUCUUUCUUGCGCAAAUCAACCAAAUAUGAAGAUAAUCAGCAUGUGUUGUGCAACCUCAACGUUACCAUGCCGCCAUGCAUUAAGAUUAUAGGAAGUGAUGAGCGAAGGAGAACUCUGACUCCUUUGGCUCUGAGGGAAAGAUACAGUGCUCUUAAUGAACCAGCCAUGGAUGUGAGCUGCAGCAUCAGAUUGCUGAAUGCUUCAGCCAAUGAUGGUCUGGUUUCUGCAGCAUCACUGAGCGCCAUGGAAAGGACGGAGUUAAAGAUGGCUUUAAUAGCUGAACAGCUAGGCCUGAGCUGGGCUGAGUUGGGACGUGAACUGCAGUUUAAUGUAGAUGAAAUAAAUAAGAUCCGUGUGGAGAAUCCCAACUCCCUUUUAGAGCAGAGCUCAACACUGCUCAACCUGUGGGCCGCUCGAGAGGGGAAGAGAGCCAAAAUGGACAGCCUGUACAUGGCCCUCAAGAGCAUUGACCGAAUGGACAUUGUGAACAUGUUGGAGGGCCAGGGACCACCAACAGGUCAGCAGGGGGGCUGGGAGCAAGAUACUUCCAGGUCUAUGCAUCAAGAGAGAGACCAUCUAUCUCCUGGCAUCACAAAUGGUUACGGGCUGAUGGUACAGGAAGAACUAGUUUCACCGGCCUCCAUGCAGUACAGUCUACCUUCGCCACUGGGCAAUGAGCCCUAUUGGCAAGAAGUCUCAAGCAUGGAGUGUGCACCCAUCGCUACCACCGAAGAGGACACACUCAUGGAGAUGUCUGAGGUACAGGUUUGGCCCUCAGGCAAUAGUCCUUCCAUUGUGGCUGUAGAGGACUCUUCACUGGAGUGCAGCAAUGCUGAUGACUCUGAGGCGCUACUGAACAGGAGUCUGGGCCCCUCGAGGAGCGGGACUCCCGGUGCAAACGGACCAGUGGGACUUUCUGCUCAGGGAGGGUUAAGUGGUUCCAUCGAGUUACUUGAGGAUCAAUCCAUCGGGGCAGAUUCAGAUUACAGUCCUGCUGGGAUGCUGUGUCUGAGUGAAGGGGUCAACAUCAAUGCUCUGGACAGAGGUCAGGGUUUGGAGAGGUCAGAAGGGGCUGUAGGUCAAGAAGUCAGCAACACUAAAGACAGUUCCAGUGCAGGUUUGGGAGAAGGAGGAGGUGACAGCACAAUCUUAGAAGAUAGCAUAUCUCUCAUUUCAGGGCAACAGCGAGUUUAUACUCGAAUGAGUGAUUCACCUGGGCUAAGAAGACGGGCAGAUCCUGGUGAUGACAGGUUAAGCGGUGGGUCCUUCCUGUCUUAUCUACAGGAUCAGGGGGCUCCUGGUUGGCACUCUGCUCCAGAAUCAGCACAGAAUAGAGUGGGGUCUCUACAAUGCUCCCUUCCUAGACAGGCAAUGGAGUCUAUGAUGUCAUCAGUACAAGCCACAGUGGACUGUAAUUCUAAGCAGUCUUGCCUAGCCCAGGAAGCCCUAAUUGAACCAGUGCGGGACAUGGGGCAUUCUGAGAUCAUCCAUGGGCAUUAUCAAGGAACUCAGCCUUUUGAGAAAGGAUUAGGCUUCCCGCACAGAACAGCUAACAUUCGUGGUUGGGAGGACAUGCGUCUAAGAGGACAGGGUGAUGAGGCAGAGGAUCUUCCAGGAGAGCAAGUGAGCGAGGAGCAAUUUACAGAUGAGCAUGGCAACAUCGUCACCAAAAAGAUUGUGAGGAAGGUGGUCCGGAGAGGAAAAGGGGAGGAAGGGGGUCAGGAGCUCAUCAUAGAAGGGCUGCCGCAGGAUAUCAAUGAGCCAGAAGUUGAUGGAGAACAGUACAUGAGCUAUGCCGUCCUUGGCCGUGACAGCAAGCCGGAUGUUGUGGAUGUGAAGAGGGGUGGUGCUCAAAUAGUCAAAUGUGCGAGUCUGCGGAGAGUAAAGCAGUGAGUCUGACUCGCUCCUCCCUGCAGGACUUGACAUCUUCACCCAAACCAUCCUUCACUGGCACAUGAUGGGCGUCAAAUAAAGAAGAAUACCAAACUAGAGCGCUGGUGAUAGGAUAUCAACUACGAAAAAGAGAUUUUAGGACUUUUUUAACAAGCAAAACAAACACUAGUGGCUAGAGGCAUGAUUUCUUAUCAAAUGAAACCACACCGUAAAAAAAAAAAAAAAAAAAAGCAAGCAUUUGAGAAGUUCUUCCUGUAAUCUCAAUAUCAGCAUGUGAAAGUGCUGUCGCAUGGCCUGCCUUUACAAACAGCACUGACUGCAAGCAAUUAUGAGGUGAGAGAAUACUGUCGUAACGCAAGGGCUGUUAAAUGCUGGGGGGAAGGACUCUGGUCAACUGGAUGUGUUUUGGGGGCACGUGGGACACAAAAGCUAGAGUUAGCAAGACUUUCCUGAUAUUUAGUCUUCCAGAACACAGUACUAGUCUGACCCUCUUGUACUGGUAUUAUACAUAAUAUGCACUCAAAUAUGAUGUGAAUGUACCCUCGGUGUGUGUGUGUGUGAGUGUGUGUGAGUGUGUGUUCUUUUACACAGCCAAAACACAACAACAAAUGACAACGACCAAUGUGAUGCUGCUGCUGCUGUCUCAAUACUUGCUCCUGAAUUCUUGUUCAGUUCAGUUGAAUGUGUCUUGUGUAUUGUAAAGGUAUAAUUGUGCAGCAAACGAGCAGUAAAGUCCUGUGUUGCCUGAGGUAGACUAGGCUCAAGGGUUACAAUUUGUGCAGUUUAAAUGUUUUCAGUGGGAUACAGUACAUAGGACAUACUUUCACAUCACUGUGGGGCUCUAUGUGUACACGUAUACUGUUUUUGUUCUGUACACAUUGCAAACCUCUGUGUCAUAUGAGCUUCCUCUUAAUAACUUCAUAUGCACAGAGGUUGAUAUUAACAUUUACAUUAUCCACCAUUUGCAUUUACUUUAUAGUGGUCUUUUUAUUUGAUUUUAUAUAUGAUAUUUAAAAAAGUCAAACCUUUCAGUGAAGUGAAAUUGUAUGGAUAUGUAGAUAAAGGCUUUUAGUAGAUUAAAAUAAUAAUUCAUAAUUAAUCUUGGGGUUUGUUGUGUAGGUAAUAAUUCAACAUAUUUAUUAUUAAGGGAAGAAAAAAAAUAUGGUGCAAAGUUUGAUAUUUGGAAACACUUUACCAUAAGGUACACAAUUUGCUGGCAUUCGUUAACAUGAACUAACAAGGAAAAUAAACUACUUCUAAAGCAUUAUUCAUCUUAAAUUUGUUAAUUUUUAAAUAAUUACUCUUAUACAAUAUGAAAUCUCUUUUAUCCCAUAUCCAUAUAUAACUUAAGCCCAAAGUGUACUUUAAUGCUUAAAUAUCACCAUCAGCAAAGUACACACAGACUAUACUGAAGUAUAUGUUGGGCUUUACAGUGGGAUAUGAAAGCUUGAUUAGUGACCUUGGUUUGCCAAUUAUUUGCAAAACAUUUAAUACUAGUAUUACUACUACUACUAUUACUAAUAUAACUUCACUGAAAGGUUAGAUUUUCUUUCUCACCUUUUCCGCAUAAUAGACAUUUCUUAACAGUAUAUUGUUCAUUGUUCUGUUUUUUUUUUCAUCUUUACAGAUUAUGCUUAUACUCAUGGUGUGCGCUUCUUUUUAGGGAGUUUGUUUCUCAUUUUUGAAACCAGACAUUUUCAUUGAUAAGAACAGAUGUUUAAUAAUGUUUUAGACACUCAACACAUGCUUGACAAAAAGGUGUGAGCACUGCAGACAUCUUUGCCUCUCUUACGCUUGAUGAAGACACGUAGCCACUGAGCACUGUGAUCAGACUGUUCACUGUCCCACAGCAGAACAGACCUGACUUCAUACACACACAGUAAUUAUAAUGUGGAUUAUCUGGACCUGCACUGACAUUAUUCUUUUCCACUCGUAUCUUUCUUCAGGAGUUUUUUUAGCUACAACAGAGAGUCCAGUUGUAGAGCUCCUGUUUCCAUGCACAGCUCAACACAAUAUCAUAUUAUGCAAAUAGUGAUCACUGUAGAGCUGGUUGGCCAUCAUCCCUGACUGCAUGGCCUCCAUGCAAAUAAUCUCUUUUAGAUCACCUAUUUAUGUAGCAUCUGAACACAACAUACAGCCUUCAACCUGAAAUCAUUCUGUGAAUUUAAAGGGUGAAACAAAAUCAUUUCAAAAACCUCAAAUCAACAUCUCUGAUGUAUGGAAAUAAAAUUCAGUUUCUGAUGUCAUAAGAGCAUGAUACCAAAUAUAGGCCAUUUAUUGUAGCACUGUA